AUGUCACCACCUGCACUUGGGUUCAUUGGUCUGGGUGUCAUGGGGUAUCCCAUGGCCCUGAACCUGCUGAAUAAACUUGAAACGGGAACAAGACUGCAUGUGUACGAUGUGUCUAGCCAAAUUCUGGACAAGUCCAAAUCGGAAGCUCCCAACCUAGUCUCCAUUUGCUUAAGUGCGCGUGACGUUGCAGAAAGAUCGGCCGUUUGGAAGAAAUCCACUAUGGCAUCCUUCUACGACGCUCCUGUCUCUGGAGGCUCUCUUGGGGCAGCCGCUGGGACCUUAACGUUUAUGCUAGGUUGCAAUGAAGACGAUCCAAAGCUGCCACUGUUGAAAGAGCUGCUAGGCGCCAUGGGGUCGUCUAUCUUCCCCUGUGGCGGAUUUUCCCUUGGUUUGACGGCAAAGCUCUGCAAUAACUAUUGUUCCGGCCUUAUUGCCAUUGCCACAGCUGAAGCAUUGAAUAUCGGUAUCAAGUCGGGAAUGGACCCAUCGCUGCUAGCUAGGAUCUUCACGACAAGCACGGCACAGAGCACGAUCAAGGACAAAUGGAACCCUGUGCCAGGAGUUUGCCCAAACGCUCCGGCUAGCAGGGACUAUCAGGGUGGGUUCAAAGUGCAGUUGAUGAAAAGGAUUUCAGCCUUGCUGUUGAGGCAGCCAAAAGGGUUGGUGCUCAGCUGCAUCUUGGGGAGACUGGGCUGGCUGUGUAUCACGAGGCGAGCGAGGAUGUGA